GAAAUCACUUGGUAGUUACUAUGAAGAAAUGAAGAAUCGAAAAAUUAUUUUUCGAUAGAAAAUAUCAUCAUCUAGGCACACAAUUUGGACCUGGGAAAAGCUGAGUGUAUAAACUAGCAUCCCCCUUGUUUCAAUUGGAAACAAUAAAUUAAUUAUUAAUAAGUUAUAAAUAAUAAUAAAAGUAGGGCUGGUGAGCAGCGCGAAUGAGGGUGCGCAAAAUAUAAUUGCAGCAAAAGCAAGCAGAAGAAGCUGACGCCCAGCCACAUAAAUAUAUUCUUUUUAUUUCUCUGUUUAUUCAAAGUUUGACCUCAUCAUUAACCAAUUAAAUCAUAACAUAAACAAUAACAUAAUUAUAACAACAAAAAAAUAAUUAUUAAAAAUAUUGUGCCUUUUUUUUUUUAUAUUGAGUUUUAUCAGUUGAUAAAAUACACACAACGUUGCUGGACCAUAACGAACAAUGAAAAAAAAAAAAACAAAUAAUUCAAGUCAAUUAAUUUUGAAUAUAUAAAUAAUUAAUAAUAAUAUUAUUGUUAAAUUAUAAAUAAACAAUAAAUAAAUAAUCAACGAAACUGUUUUUUAAAAAAUUCGUAAUAAUGGCAAAAAUUAAUUUAAUAAUUGGCAAAAAAAUGAAUUAUAAAUAUUAUUUAAUUUUAUAAAAUUAAUAUUUAAUUAAUUGUUGAUUAAUCAAGAAAAAUGACAUAAUGGUUGCAGAAAUAAAAUUUGGAUUUUCAAUAAUAAUAUUAUUUGUUAUUAUAAAAGCAAUAACAAAUGUUGUUAUUGCUGAAAAUUGUGGUGGUCAUUUAACAUCACAAAAAGGAAUAAUAAAUACACCAAAUUUUCCAAAUAUAUUUAAUGUACCAAUAAAAUGUCAUUGGAUAAUUGAUGCAUCAAAUUUACCAUUUGGUAAUGGUUCAAUAAUUGUUUAUUUAACACAAUUAUAUGUUAAUAAAGGUUUAAAAUUUACUGAAUAUGCAUAUUAUGAAUCUGAAACGACAAAUUUUGGUGAAACAGUUAUCAAAGAAAUAACAGAAAGUAAUAUAUUUGAAUAUCGUUGGAUAAAAACAUACAGACCAUUUCUUGUUAUUGAAUUUUUACUUGAACGUCUUGAGGGUAAUCAUGUGAGAAUAUUACAUGAUUUAUUAGAUGUUUAUGGAUUUAAUAUGACAUAUGAAGUUACUGAAAAUGAAGCUAAUGAAAAUUCUUGUACAGUAAGAGAUUGUUCUUUUACUGGUGAUUGUAUACUGGAUGAUGAUUUUAGUGAAUUUAGUUGUCGGUGUUUUGAUGAUUUUAGAGGUGAAAAAUGCUCAAUUGGACCACUUUGUAUGGGUGAUAAUAAAAAUGAUAUUUGCCGAAAUGGAGGAACUUGCAGGCAUAUUGGAGCUGAAGCAGUGAGAUGUCAAUGUCCACCUGAUUUUGCAGGUGAUCACUGUGAAAUUCCACUAAUCAAUGACAAUAAUUCAGAUUGUGGAGGAUCAAAUUGUAUUUUACAAUGUUCGUUUGAUGGAAAAGAUCGUCGACCUUGCAACUGUAAAGAUCCAAUAAAAAUUCACAACAAUCGUUCGAGAUAUGAAUUUAGAAUAAAAUUAACAAAUUCAACAAAUGGCUUAAAAAGUCAAGCUGGUUCUAUGGAAAAUCUUCUACGUAAACAGCUUGCAAAACAUUUGAGGAACUCAAAUAUUGGCUCGAUUGAAGAUUUAAAAAUUCUAAGUAUAACACCAACUUCAGAGGUAACAUUUAAUUUUUUUGGAACAUCAAAUGAUGGAGAUAAAAUUCGUGAGUCAUUGAAUCGUCUUGUUCAACGAAAACGUUUAAAUGAUUUUACUUUUGAGUCAACAUAUUUUACAUUUCAAAAAAAGCCAUCAUUGCGACUUCAGAGCCUAGAUGUCGUUGGACGUGAAGUUCGUCUUGGAAAUGAAUUUGUCUUAUCCUGCACUGCCCAGGGUAGUGAUGGAUUAAAAUUCACCUGGUACAAGGACAAUAUGCUCAUUAACAUGAGUAAAACAUAUCGUGAAAUAUGGUAUAAAAAUAUGCCAAAUGAUGGAUCAGAUAUUUACUCAUCAAUUUUAACAAUUGAAAAAGCAACAUUAUUAGAUUCCGGUCAAUACACUUGUCAGGCAAUUGAUUGGGGUUCUCAACAAUGUAAAAGUAUUUAUAUUGAUGUACGAGAUCAACCAGAGGUUAAAGUUGUUCCUCGAACAGCAACAAUCGAAAAAGGAAAUGAUUUACAAUUAUUAUGUAUAACUCCAAAUAUGAAAAGUCUAGGAAUUGGUUUUGGCUGGACUAAAAAUCGAGCACUAGUUAAACUUGAACCUGGUAGUCAAGUUUGGGAAGAUCUUUAUCCAGCUGGAAGUAUUUUAAAAAUAAUAAAUGCUCAAAAAUCAGCAAUUUAUACAUGCAAUGUAGCUCAUAAAUCAAUGUCCGUUCGUGUUGAAGUGGUAAAUAAAACUAUGAUACCAAUUUGUACAAAUGAAAUUAGCUGGGGUUUACGCUGGCCAGAUACUGGACCAGGUACAGAAAGUUUAUUAGAUUGUCCUCAGCAUUUUGUUGGUUCACAUGUAUCAAGACUUUGUUCAAUGAAAGAUGCAACUACAUCUGUUUGGCAAAUACCAGAUUUUUCUGAAUGUUUAUAUCAACAAUUUAUAUCACCAUACACAAAUUUUCAAAGUUUAACACUUGGUUAUCAAAAUACAACAGGAUCAGAAACAAUAAUUGCAUUUUGGGAAGUUUUAAGAUCACGUAAACUAUCACUUUAUCCUGGUGAAGGUGAUAGAAUAUUGAGUAUACUUAUUGAAAUUGAAGAAUAUCAAAAUUCAAUUGGUGAAUUGUAUGAUCUCUAUGAUUCAGCUGAUUCAAUGAUAAAAAUAAUUAAUAAAAUUCUCAGUGAUAGAAAUUCAAUAUUCAUAAAUAACAAACAAUCAAUACUUCAACAAUUAACACAAAGAAAUUUAGAAUAUUUAGCUAAAAAAUUACCAGAUUCACAUAAACAUAUUGCUUUGUCAUCAACAGUUAUUGACAUACAUUCAUUUAAUCAAACCAACAAUGAUGAGUUAUUAUAUCAAUUACCAGCAGAUGCCUAUAUGUAUCCACAUUGGUACAAUGACAAGAUAACAAUUCGUCAAUUACAAUCAUCAAUGAAUAAAGAUAAAACAAUGAAUCUUAUGGUAAUUGUUUAUAAAAAUAUAACACAAUUUAUGCCAACGACUUUUGUUAAAGAACUUGAAGAUGGUACUGAUCUUGAGUAUCAUUUUAAUUCACAUGUUGUAACAAUUAUGAUUGAUAAAAUAACAAAAAAUAAUAUUCAAAUUGAAUUAAUAAUGAAAAAUAUAAAUAACAUAACAUCAUCAUGGAAUAUAUCAUGUGGUAUUGUGGAUAAUUAUGGUAUAUGGAAUUUAGAUUAUUGUAAAACAAUUAUAAUACCAGAAGAUGGUACAACAAAAUGUAUAUGUCAUAGUUAUGGUACAUUUGCUGUAUUUUUAAAAUCAAGAGCUGUACGUGUUAUAUUAGCUAAAAUUGAAAAAACAACAUUUUUAAUAUUACUUGGUUGUUUUUUAUGUUUAAUACAAUGUACAAUAACAUUAUUAAUAAUAAUUGGAUAUAUUAUUAAAUAUCGUACAUGGUUAAAUUUUUUAAAAUUACAAUGUUCAGUAGCAUUUAUUGGUGCAAUGAUUUUAUUUAUAUAUUCAAUAUAUUUUAAAAUAACAGAUAAACAACAAUAUUCAAUAAUUGCUGUUUUCUUAGAAACAUUUCUAUUAAUUGGUAUGUCAUCACCAAUAUCACAAGCAUUAAUUAUUUAUGCUGAUUUAACACAAUUAAAACUAGGUAAAAAUUUUCAACCAACUGUUAUAUCAGUUAUAACUGGUUUACCAAUAAUUUGUAUAUUAAUAACUGAAUUAUCACAUAAAUCAACUGGAUGGACACAUAAUUCAUGGUGGUUAAUAUUUGGUAGUGGUGUUUAUAAUAUAUUUAUAAGUUGUGUAUUAACAAUGUUAUCAAUAUUUAUAUUAAUUUAUACUGGUGGUUAUGUUAAAGCACAUUUAUUAAUAAAACAAAAUAUUAUUAAAAAAGAAAUUAUUAAAAAAAAAAUUAAAAUACUUGAUCAAUCUGGUUUAAUAUUAACAUGUUUAAUUAUUGUUAUUGGAUCAUCAAUAUUUUAUAUUAAUUCAGAUAAUAUUAUUUGGCAUUAUAUAUUUAGUACAUUUACAAUAAUACUUGGUUUUAUUAAUUUAAUUAUAUUCAUUGGAAAAAAUGAAAUAUUAUUUAUUGCACCAAUAUUACAAAGAUUUACAAAUAAUAGUAAUGGUGAUGAUGAUAAUAAUGAAAAUAUUAAAACAGAUACAAAUAAAAUAUGCUCAAAAAAAGAUAUAGAUAAUGAUUGUGGACAACAAGGAAUAUUAUUAAAUUUACCUGGUUAUAUGGAGACAAGAGGAAUUGCAAUUGGUGGUAUUGAUGUUAGAAAUUGUGUUAAUCAAUUACCAGGUACAUAUGUUAAUACAUCAUUAAUACAACAACCACCUGCACCACUACCACCACCAACAUCAUCAUCAACAUCAACAUUAUCAAAUAGAUAUUUAAAAGAUAAAAAUGAUGAUAUUAAUCUUGAUAAUUAUAAUAGUACAAUUGAUAGUGGUACUACACUUGCAAGACCAUCAAAUUGUGGUCAAGAAUUUUAUAAUGUUACGUCAAGAUCAAAUAGUAAUAAUUGGGAUCAUACAGUAUUUGUUGGAUCAAGAGAAGUACAAACUUGUAAUUCAUCAAUGUUACAAGCAGAAUGUUCAGCAGUUGUACUUUGUAGUGUUGAUGUUGAAUCACGUAUGGGAAUAAAUUCAAUGCCUGAUGUAACAUUAGCAACAAAAAAUGAAAUUGAAUUAUUAAAUAAAAUUGAAGUUAAACGUGAUCAUGUUAAUAUUAUACCUGAUAUUGCAACAACUGGUGAACGUAAACAGCCAGAUGGUGAAGAAAAAAAUCCAGAAAUAACAAUAACUGAUUGUGAAACAACUGGAAUGCUUGAUGCUAUUUCACAUGAUCUUGAUUAUUUAUUAAAUCGAACAGAUGAAACAUAAGUUGUAUCAAUUAUUUUAUUCAUCUCUCAUUUUUUAGUAUCAAAUUUUUGUGAGUGUGAGAAUUUAGUAAUGUUAAUAAUUUAUUAAAUACAAAUGUAUAUUAAUUUAAGAUUAAUUCUUUAUAGUGCCAAAAAAAUAAUUGAAUUUUGUUUUUAUAAAAGAGACCAAUGUAUUAAUUACUGUAGAAAUUUCAAGUCGUAUAGAAAUUUAAAUGCCAAAUAUAUAUGCUGAAGAAAAAAAAAAAAAAAAAAA